CUCUAUCCGAGGCACGGGCAGCUGGAUGGAGGUCGGCGGUUUGUUUGCUGCUAGCCGGAGGGAAAGGUCGGGGGCGAAAUAAGCCACCCCUCUGAUUCCUGGAGUCCCCAGGUAAAGCCAGGAGCUGGUGACGGAUCCCAAGGCGGGAAGGCCUGGCUUCGUGAGCCAUGACCAGCAAUCUGGAUAUCUUUGUGGGGAAUACCACGCUGAUUGAUGAGGAAGUCUACCAACUCUGGCUGGACGGUUACUCAGUGAACGAUGCGGUCGCCCUGCGCUUGCGCAGCGGCAUCCUGGAGCAGACGGGCGCCACGGUGGACGUCCUGCAGAGCGACACCAUGGACCACUACCGCACCUUCUACAUGCUGGAGCGCCUCCUCCACUCGCCCCCGAAGCUGCUCAACCAGCUGCUCUUCCAGAUCCUGCCCUGCCGCCAGACCUUGCUGAUCGAGAGAUACUACACCUUUGACGAGGCUUUUGUGCGGGAGGUGCUGGGGAAGAAACUCUCCAAGGGCACCAAGAAAGACUUGGACGACAUCAGCGUCAAAACGGGGGUGACCCUCAAAAGCUGCCGCCGGCAGUUUGACAAUUUCAAGCGCGUCUUCAAGGCCGUUGAAGAGCUCCGGGGAUCUCUGGUAGAAAACAUCCAGCAGCACUUCCUGCUCUCAGACCGGCUAGCCAGGGAUUACGCUGCCAUUGUGUUCUUUGCCAACAGCCGUUUUGAGACGGGUAAAAAGAAACUGCAGUAUUUGACCUUUGAAGAUUUUGCGUACUGUGCGGAGCAGAUGAUUCAGAACUGGACUUUGGGAGCAGUGGAUAGCAAUGUGGACGAUAUGGAUGUCGAUCUGGACAAGGAAUUCCUGCAGGGCCUGAAAGAGCUAAAGAUCUUGAUGACAGACAAAGACUUGCUGGACCUCCACAAGAGUCUGGUGUGUACGUCCCUGCGAGGAAAGAUUUCCGUCUACAACGAAAUGGAAGCCAAUUUCAAGAACUUCUCUCGGGCAAUGAUCAACAUUGCUUCAAAGCUGACUCACAGCAAAGAUGUCCGGGACUUUUUCGUCGACCUGGUGGAAAAGUUUGUGGAGCCCUUUCGGUCGGAUAAAUGGAGCACCAACGACGUCCGCCUCUUCCUGACACAAUACACGGCUUGUGCUCACACACUGGAGGCAUUCAGGCACCAAGCGCUCUGGGAGAGAUACACGGGAACGCUGAAGGCUUGUCUCCUGAAGAUGUACCACGACUGAGCCCACCGGUUGUGGUUUGUCUUUUCAAACGCCCGGCUUUAAUUCUCCUUGGGGAGAAACGAGUUCCUUGCGAAGCAAAGACAGGACUAAGAAAGGAUGGCAUCCCUUUGUCAGUGGGAGUCUUUGCCGGUCCCUCUCGCUGGCUGCGCACACACAUCCCCUAAGCCGAAUCUCACCCCUUUUCCCCUCUCCCUCCCAGCCUUUGUUUUUAAGAAAUAAAGCGUUUCUGUCACAACAGCC